AUGAAAUUCUCCAUUUCGUUUUUCGCCAUGCUCGCAACUGCAGCACUGGCUGCCCCAGAAUCCGAUGCCUUGUUCGAGAAACGCGAUGACCGUGGCCAUUAUACUGUUUCUGGCCUUGGAGCGCACAAGACGGCCAUCCUCAAUGCUGGUGGCAAUACGCUUGAUCUUGCUAUUGCUAUGCUUGAGAUAGAGGACAUGGAUACCUCCGACUACCCCUACGGAGAUGGGAAGACCUACGAUGCGGCCAACUUCGGCUUGUUCAAGCAGAACUGGGGCAUGCUCCGUGUGUGUGCCAAGCGGUAUGGCUUCGCAGGCCAAUCCGCGUCGCAGUGGAAUGAUGGAGCCUUGCUGAACUCCAAUGUGUACGCCGAUGUUGCCUCUCGCUGGGACUGUCAGGAAUACUACGGCUAUGACAAGUGGUUCGCCGGCCACCGCGACGGUGCUUCGGGCCUUGCCAAUCCUUACACUCAGGAUAUCGAAAAUUACAAGUCCGCUGUGCAAUGGAUCCAGUCGCAGAUUGAUAGCGACAGCAAGUACAAGACCGACGACACUCGCUUCUGGGUUAGUGUCCCUGCUAUCUAA